GUCACACUGCUGUGAACCUUUGUGUUUGUGUAAAUUCAGAGAAAAAUAACUCAAGCUUGUGAUUGAAAUAUUACACAAAUUUAUAAUUUAAAUAAAGUAGAAAGCAAGAUAAACGGUAUAAAAAUGCUUCCACAUAUAAGCGCUGAAGAGAACAUAUCACCCGUGGGUCGAAAAGUGUAUAUAAAUCCCAAUUUUCAUAAGCAAUUCAACAGUUCAACAGCGCAGCUUCAAGGUCGACCAAAUAAUGUUGCUGAUAAUAAUGCGUUGCAGUCAUGGGAUCGUCCAGCAAUUCAUAUAAAUCCACAAUUUCUUCAGCGACAACGCGAACUACAAUUGCAGCAGCUACAACAACAGCAACAGGAACACCUGCUGCAACAGCAGCUGCUUCAGCAACAACAACAACAGCAGCAGCAACAGGAGCAACAGCUUAUUACGUAUUAUCAGCAAACUGUUGCUGCUGCUGCUGUUACUGAUAUGACGCCCCCUCCAGCGAAGAUUAUAAGCAAGGCCAGCACUUGCCUAGUGCGCAAGCAGCCAAUUAAGAAGACUGUGGUGCCCACACCAAUUGUACGCCCGCAACCACCUUUAGUUAGCAUAUCCAAGUUAAAACUAAUACGACAACCAACGACGACUAUAACAACAGCCACCGCUCCAACCGUUCCAGCUACCAAACGCACACAAUAUAAGCUUGUGCGUGCUAUUUCUUUGAACACCAAGAGCAGCACUCCACUGGUAAAGAAGCGACGCAGUCGCGACUUUGUUGCGCGCUACGCUUUAAGACGCACAAAUGAUGCAGUAACUGGCAAAAAACUGAGCUUAAAAUCACCUAUAUUAAAGCUAAGCGUGAAUAAGAGCUUGAGCAUGGUCAGCAUACAUGGUGUUAUGUACAAAAAGACGGCGAAGAAUAAGCUAACCAAACUGGAUGCCAACAGAUUGUUGCCCAAGACAGUCAUGCCACAGCCGCAACAGCAGCAGAAAGCAACCAGCUCUACAGGUCGCACAUUGUUCGUGCGCGGUACCAAGUUUGUGCUCGAUCCCUCCGGUUGUCGUUUGACCCGCGUGCCCGUCAACGCACCUCAACUGAGUGUCAAUAGAAAUCUACGUUUGCGCAUCGACAUUGGUGGCUUGACUUAUGUGUCGUCGGCCAAGACUCAGAACGUUUUCAUACGCACCACGAAUCAUGUUUCGCGUGCCCAUCUCAUGACAGCCAAGCAGCGUAGCAUGCAGCUGCUGAAUCGCUCUCUUGUCAAGACUAAUGUGCCCUGUGCCAUCUUUCAGCGACUGGGCAAAUGUGCGGCUCACAGUCGCGGCAAGUGUAGACGGUUGCAUGAUAAACGACAAGUGGCCAUCUGUUCAAGAUUCUUGCGUGGUGAGUGCAAGAAGGAGGACUGUCUGUUGUCGCACAAUGUGACGCUAGAGAAGAUGCCCGUGUGUCGUUAUUAUUUGCGUGGUGUUUGCGUGCGCGAGGAUUGUCCAUAUCUGCAUAAGAAACUCAGUCACAAGGCGGAGAUAUGCAUUGACUUUUUACGUGGCUAUUGCGCGCGC